AUGAAGGCCAUCCGACGCUCCCUCAAAGGGGAAAAGGACCCCAAACCCCACCACCACCACCACCAUCUGUCGAUUACGCCCAAGUCAGCGAUUGCGAUCCUGCCCCCGAAAAAGGUUAUCAAAGCUCUUUACGAUUACCAACCAGAGCCCGGCAAUACCCAGGAAUUGGCCUUCAGCAAGGGAGACUUCUUUCACGUGAUCAGCAGGGAGGACGACUUGGAUUGGUACGAAGCGUGUAAUCCCCUCAUCCCUACCGCUAGGGGGUUGGUGCCUGUGUCGUUUUUUGAGAUCAUCGGCAAGAACGAAAGAAAUAGCGCCGGUUCGCUGGACCUACAUAAGAAGAAGGAAUCCCACGACUCCGGUUUCUCUGAUCGAGCCCCAGCUGCCUUCCCUGGUCCCGACGUCGUCAACGGUUCGCCGAAACACAAUCCUCCCCCCGCCUUCCUGAGAAUGUCAACACUAGGCAAGGGCUCGAGCCCCAUGGUCUACGGUGUCGUCCAGUAUGACUUCCAGGCCGAGCGACCGGACGAGCUCGCCGCCAAAGCCGGCGAGGCCAUCAUCGUCAUCGCCCAGUCCAACCCGGAAUGGUUUGUCGCCAAACCCAUCGGUCGCCUGGGCGGCCCCGGUCUCAUCCCGGUCUCGUUCAUUGAGCUGCGGGAUAUGCAGUCGGGUCAAGCGGUGACGGAUCCCCUCGACGCUGUGCGACGCGCUGGAGUGCCCAAGGUGGAGGAAUGGAAGAAGAUGACCGCCGACUACAAAAAUAGCAGCAUCACGUUGGGCAAGAUCGACUCCGCCGCAGCGGCGGCGAACAAUGUGAACUCGGUGACCGCCGGCAUGGAAAAGAUGUCCAUGAGCCAUCAGAGCACCGCCCAUUUGAGCCAGAACGGAAAUUCUUAUGGCUACCAUCAUCGCAAUCCCAGCAAAGGUUCGCUCGCACAGCAUAUGUCUCACCAGUCGGUGCAAAGCUACCACCAGCCCCUGGUGGCCCCGGUCGCCGCGUCCAUUCCUCGCUACUGCUUCGACAACGAUAAAUACUGGUACAUCAUCGAGGCGAAGAUGGAGGACGGUCGCUGUUGGGAACUCUCCCGGUAUUACCACGACUUUUAUGACUUUCAGAUCGCCCUCUUGACGCAGUUUGAAGAAGAGGCCGGGAACCGAGGCAAGCCGCGGACCUUACCGUUCAUGCCCGGCCCGGUCACCCACGUUACCGAUGCGAUCUCCAACGGCCGCCGCCAGAACUUGGACGAGUAUAUUCGGAAACUGCUGGCCAUGCCGCCCCACAUCUCCCGCUGUCAGUUGGUCCGCGAAUUGUUUGCUCCUCGCGCGGGAGACUUCGAAAUCGACCCCAGCGCGUUUGGCGAGGAUGUGCGGUUCUCCGGGGGGUCGCACCACUCGGCGCAUGAGGACCUCCGCAGCGCGUCCCGCCAGUCCUCGCAGGCUCAGGUCCACCCCCCGCCCGACCGGAACUCGCACCAGCGGGCUCAGGCGUCGAUCUCGCACAGCAACGGCAUGCCCCCGCCGAUGAACCGACAGGCCAGCUCUCUGACGCAGGUCUCCAGCUCGAGCAGCGGCGCCUUGAAAGUCAAGGUGUCCUUCCAGGGCGAUCUCAUCGCGAUUCGAGUCCCGAACGAUAUCAGCUUUCAGCAGCUGCGCGAGAAGCUCAUGGAUCGCCUGAAGAUCAACACUGAAAUCGCGGUGCAAUACAAGGACGAGCCGUCGGGCGCCUACGUCGACCUGGUCAGCGACAGCGAUCUCGAUACGGCCAUUCAACGCAAUUCCAAGCUGACGUUAUUCGUGGAGCUCGUCUGA